CGGCGGAGCGGGCAGCGGCGGGGCUGAGUCGCAGGCCGGAAGUGUGAGCGCGGAUGGUGAGGCGUGAGUGGCUGCGGACUCGCGCUUCCGGCCGGUGAGUCGACGUCGGCCGGCUGCACACGGUGCAGCAGCGGGCUCUCCGGCCGGCAGCUUGCGCGCCUCGCCAGCUCCAAGGCCCUCGGAGUGCGUUCAUCUCGUCGUAGGUCGUGAAGACAUGAGCAACAAAGAAGGAUCAGGAGGGUUCAGGAAAAGGAAGUAUGACAAUUUCCCACAUAACCAGAGAAGAGAAGGGAAGGAUGUUAAUUCAUCUUCACCUGUGAUGUUGGCCUUCAAAUCAUUUCAGCAGGAACUCGAUGCAAGACAUGACAAAUAUGAGAGACUUGUGAAACUUAGUCGGGAUAUAACUGUUGAAAGUAAAAGGACAAUUUUUCUCCUCCAUAGGAUUACAAGUGCUCCUGAUAUGGAAGAAAUAUUGACUGAAUCAGAAAUUAAAUUGGAUGGUGUCAGACAGAAGAUAUUGCAGGUAGCCCAAGAGCUCUCAGGGGAAGAUAUGCAUCAAUUCCAUAGAGCCAUUACUACAGGACUGCAAGAAUAUGUGGAGGCUGUGUCUUUUCAAUACUUCAUUAAAACACGAGCACUUAUCAGUAUGGAUGAAAUUAAUAAACAGUUGAUAUUUACAACAGAAGACAGUGGGAAAGAAAAUCAGACCCCCUCCUCUGAUGCACAGGAUAAGCAGUUUGGUACUUGGAGACUGAAAAUCACACCUGUUGAUUACCUCCUGGGAGUGGCUGAUUUAACUGGAGAGUUGAUGCGGAUGUGUAUUAACAGUGUGGGGAAUGGGGACAUUGACACCCCCUUUGAAGUGAGCCAGUUUUUACGUCAGGUUUAUGAUGGGUUUUCAUUCAUUGGCAAUACUGGACCUUACGAGGUUUCUAAGAAGCUGUAUACCUUGAAACAAAGUCUAGCCAAAGUGGAGAAUGCUUGUUAUGCUUUGAAAGUCAGAGGUUCUGAAAUUCCAAAACAUAUGCUUGCAGAUGUCUUUUCAGUUAAAACAGAAAUGAUUGAUCAAGAAGAGGGCAUUUCUUAGAAUAAUAUUACUCAGUUAUUCUCUUGAGAACUCCUACGAGAGACCAGUUUGUAAGACUGUUAUUUAGUAUUUCAUUUGACUUUAUUGUGGCUUUUAUGUAGAAAUGUUUUUAGUUAUACUUGUUUUAAAUUGUAUACAAGCUGUAUAUAAAAUUAACAGAAUGAAUCCUUAUAUCUUGCUCAUGAAGGUUUGCAUACAAAUGUUUGCAUAUAUGCCUAUUUUAAUUUUUGCUGGCCAGACUUCAUCAUUUGUCUUUCAUUAAUGUGAACAUGCUUCAGAGUGCACUUUCUGCCAUACCUAUUUUAAUUUACAUUGUGUGAAUUUUGGAGUGGUCAUAUUUGGUGGAAUCCAUUUAUAAUUUAAGUUGGUGAUUUUGUUACAUAUGAAAAAAGAUUUCUUAGUUAUACAUCUGGACUUGAGCUUCCUGUUUAAAUUUCUUGGCAAUAUUGUGUCAAGCCUCUAAAGCAGGCUUAUUCCAUAGAACAAGAAUUAAAAAUUACUAUCAAUAUACUUUAAUUUUAUGAGGUAUUGUAGUGAGAAUUCAUAUUAUAUUCUAGCUAAUUCCAGGCCAUUUUGAAUGCAUAUAAAACAGCUUUCCAGAAAAAUCGACAGAUACCCAGAUGCUGUUUUCUAUGUUCCAUUUUUAUCCUUUAUCACAGAAAGUCCAAUCAAGAUUUGGAGCUAACAUAUGUAGUAUUUUCACUGGUGUUUGAAUUGAAUUACCUAUUUGUACAUACAACUGAAAGCUUUUAGUAGUGAUUAUUCAGCAAUUUUUUUUGUUAUCAUUUUAUUACCUUAGGCAUGUUUGGAGGCUUUCCUAUUCUAGCACUUCUAAGAAAUUACAUUAAAAUAAUUACAAUGAAGUUUUGAAAUUUUGAAAUACUAAGUUCAUCCAAACCUUUAAUGUUGUCCAGUUGUAUUACAUGAUGGUAUAAAAAGUUGCCAAAGAAAAUUUAUCAUGUACAAUUCAGCAAUAAGACAAUUGUCCGCACAGUUGGGAAUAACAGUGGUAGUCUCUAGUAAUAUUUAGAAUUGGAAUUUACUGCUUAAUUAGUUAUAGGUUAUUCCCUGUGAUGUGAAAACUUGAGUAUGACACUAUUGGCAAACAACCAAGAUGUUUCCAUUUGGUUUUGUGAAUUUUGAGAAUCUAGAUAACUGGAUUUUAUUUUUAGAAGAUUAGCUACUCUGUUUGAAAGGGCUGAUUUUUUGAAAGUGUAAUUUUUUCCAAAAAAUAUUACCUAAAGGAAAAUAAAACAUAGACAUGCCUAGUAAAUUAGGUUGGUUCGCUUUGGUGGGAAUGAGUUUUUUUGGUUUCCCUAUUCAAAGAUGUACUGUUAAAAUAGAGUUUCAUUUCAUAUUUUUUUCCUUCUACCACUUGAAGUUAAAUUUAUAAUGUUAAAAGCAAAAUAAUAAUGGAUUGAGAAAUGUCUUAUGAAUGUUUGAAACUGAAGUCUUUGAAUAAAAUAUUAAAACACAAAA